UUCAGUUGAACAAUUUGUAUUUGUAUUCAUCUCCAUACUCAUCCUCCACGUUUAUUUCAACAUUUUAAUUUCCAUUCUUCUCUAUUACGUGAAAAUAUGACUAAUUUUUUAACUAAUAAAAAGCCCGUGGGAUAAAACUAGUUUAGUGAAAAUGGACGAGUGUUAUAGCCACAAUUUUUAUCUUUACUGAACCUCAGAACCUGUAUAGGAUUAGGGGAAUAAUGAUGCAAGCAAGAAUAUUACAAAAAAAAAACAUCUUCAAUCGUAUAAAUGCUUGAAAUUGGGAGCCUAAUCUCCAAGCUCAAACUAUGCUCUUCACCAAAACAUAUUUACCAAAUUCAUGGAAUUCUUCUUUCUACAGGACUUCACCAUGACAACAUCCUCAUUUCCAAACUCGUUGAAUCCUGCUCAAGAUUCAAUCUUUCACAUUAUGGGUACUCUGUUUUCAAGCAAACUUCACAACCUUGUAUCUAUCUAUACAAUACCAUGAUCAAAUCUUUGUCUUCCCACCAUUCUUCUGCUCAGGAAUCCAUCUUUGUGUUCAACAACAUUCGGGUUUUCGGCCUUUUCCCUGAUUCGUACUCCUUCCCUUUCGUUCUUAGGGCGGCGAGCCGGCUUUGUGAUGGCAAAGUGGGGGAAAUGAUUCAUGGUCAGAGUAUAAAAUGUGGAUUUGAGUUGAAUAUCCAUGUUGCAAUUGGUAUUGUCCAAAUGUACUCAUCACGCGGGAGAUUGGAGGAUGCACGCAACGUGUUUGAUAAAAUGUCUAGCUCAAAAGAUGUUGCGUUGUGGAAUGCAAUGUCUGCUGGGUAUGCUGGUGUUGGUGAUAUGUCUAGUGGGCGGGCUUUGUUUGAGAGUAUGACGGAGAGGAAUGUGAUAUCGUGGACUACGCUGAUUGCUGGGUAUGUUCAUGUGAACCAAGCUAAAGAGGCGAUUGAGAUCUUUCAAAGGAUGCGAGUGGAGGGUGUGGAGUUUGAUGAGGUUGCUCUGCUGGCUGUUCUUUCAGCUUGUGCAGAUUUAGGGGCGCUUGAAUUAGGUGAGUGGAUCCAUGACUUCCUUGAGAAGAAAUGUGGAUUGCGUAAAACGGUCCCUCUGUAUAAUGCUCUUGUUGAUAUGUAUAUGAAAUCAGGAAACAUAGAAAAGGCUUUGCUAGUUUUUGACAAUAUGCAGAACAAGAGUGUGGUGUCUUGGACAACAGUGAUAGUGGGGUUAGCCUUUCAUGGACUUGGAAAGGAAGCAUUGCAAAUGUUUUCGCAUAUGGAAAAAGUGGGAUGUAAGCCAAAUGAGAUAACUUUCAUCGGAGUCCUGUCAGCUUGUACCCAUGUUGGGUUUGUUGAAUUGGGAAACUCUUAUUUCAAAUCAAUGAGUUCCAAGUAUGGAAUCACACCAAAGAUUCAACACUAUGGUUGUAUGGUAGAUUUACUAGGCCGUGCUGGCUGUCUUGAGGAGGCAGAAAAUCUAAUCAGGAAGAUGCCCUUCAAUGCUAAUGCAGCAAUAUGGGGAUCGCUUCUAGCUGCUGCUAAAACGCAUAGAGAUUAUUUACUUGCUUCAAAAGCUUUGCAGCAGCUUUCAAUCUUAGAACCUGAUAAUAGCGGAAACUAUGCUCUUGUUUCCAAUACAUAUGCUUCAGUUGGACGUUGGAGUGAAGCUAAGUUGGUGAGGAAAACAAUGAGAAGCUCUGGUGUAAAAAAGUUGCGUGGUGAGAGCUCCAUUGAGCUUAACAAUUGCAUUCGUAGUUUCGUUGCAGGAACAUUAACAUAUCCUGAGGCUGAAGAGAUUAAUGACAUUCUAUGGGAGAUACACCAUCAAUGUACAUUGGAAGAGCAUGAGCAAAAUAAAGUGGAACUAUUGUUUUCCUUAAUAGAAUAGUUUAACUGAUAAUACUGAAAUGGAUUUUAAGGAGUACGAUUCCGAUCUCGGGAUGAUUUUAUCAUGGAUACAUAUACUUGAUCUCGUGGUGUUUCUUAAUACAAUAUUUGUCUUUCUUCAUCA